AGAGAGGGAGCCACAGCACAGCACAGUGAGAGAGUGUGUGUGUAUGAGCACGCCUGCCUGCCUGCCUGCCUUCCUGCUAGCCUGCCUGACUGUGUGAGUGUGUGUGUGUGUGUGAGAGGGAGAGUCAGUAAGCGUGUGGAUACUACUCCACCAGACUGCAUGUCUCUGGCGACACUAGGGGAGCAGCACACACAUUACAGAGAGUAGGGCUGAACCAGAGUUCUGACAGAACUGCAGGCCAGGAGGACACCAGGACAGUGAGUGGCGGAGUGAGCAGACAAGACAGACAGACAGACUACACAAGGCCUAGCUCAGAAGCCCUAUCAUGGCGUCCAACAACACAGCAAGCAUCGCCCAGGCCAGGAAACUGGUAGAGCAGCUGAAGAUGGAGGCCAACAUCGACAGGAUAAAGGUGUCCAAAGCAGCAGCAGACUUAAUGUCAUACUGCGAAGCCCAUGCCAAAGAGGACCCGCUCCUGUCGCCGGUGCCCGCAUCCGAAAACCCUUUUAGGGAGAAGAAGUUCUUCUGUGCCAUCCUGUAAACAGGAUGUGGUUUAUUUGGUCUGCUCAUCUUGGGACAUGAACAAGGACGUUCAAUAUGUAGACAUCUUCUAACAGGAGGGCUUGGUGAAGUACUAGUGCCCCUUUCUCUACAAUGGCACCUAAAGAGUGCAAUUAAAAACCACAGAGUAACACGUUACCAUUUACAGAGGUUAAGGGGUGUGCAGCAUGUUUGAUGGAUCCAUCUGUGUAGUCAGAUUACAACAGAAGAUAAGUGUGGUUAUCCACCCAAAAACAUGAUGGACAACCAAUCAACCAAGUCUUCAGGUUGUGUUGUGUUUUUAAAAAUGAAGGAAAAAACAACAACAAAAUAUUGUGUGGUUCUUUUGGAACUUGAAAUCCAAGUGUUAUGUUCAAUGGUUUGUGGUGGGCUGGGUAGGGUAGGUGUGCUGGCUAACUGAGCUGCUUACCACGAGAUAUUACCACCUGUGUAUCUGAAUGUUUUUAUUUUUGUUGUUUAUUUCAUGUUGAUUUUGAUUCUGAGGUUCAUUGGUUUGGCUAUAUCACGUAGAUAUAUUUGUAUUAUUGUACAGUACCAGUCAAAGGUUUGGACACACCUACUCAUUCAAGGGUUUGUAUUUAUUUUUAAUAUUUUCUACAUUGUAGAAUAAUAGUGAAGACAU